AUGCCUAACGAGAACCCUGCCUGUGCUGACUGUAAGGCCAAGAAGAAGCGGUGCAUUCACCGGAACCAACCUGUGAAGCUCGCCGAGGCUGAAGCCAUCCCAGCCAGCAUGUCUUCCCCAUCCGCUCCGGCUCCUGCUGCGGUCCCCACCCCAGCUCCCACUCCCACCCCUGUUGACGCCCCCGGUGCUGCCACCAGAGGACGCCGCAAGGCCGCUGAGGCGAAGACGAAGGAGAUGAGUCCCGCUCCCGCCGACUCCAGCGACGAUCUUUCUUCCGUGCCCUCUGAGGCCGAGCAGAAGCCGGUGGUCAAGAAACCCACCAAGCGUACUCGCCGUGCCAAGCCCACCGCCGCCGCCGAGUCCCAGAAUGGGGCCCCUAACUUGCCCGCCGAUAACAUUAAGGCCGCUUCUACCAUGUCCGUCCACCAAGUCUUCGCCCGCAAGCUUCACCGCAACCUCCAGGAACUCCAGGAGCUCAUGCGGACUUUCGAUGAAGCUGGCCGCGAUGUCAUUCACGGCAACCUCCAAGAACUCAAGGGGCGCAUGCAGACCUUCGAUGAAGCUGGCCGCGAUGUCAUGGCCUCUGGCCAGACUAUCCAGAACACUGUUGAGGGCUGGAUCCAGACCUGGGCCAUCUCUGGUCGUUAA